AAACACGACACGGUCAAACAUUUUCCAGUUAUCUCUCGUAACGAACGGUUGUUCGUCCCAGUUUAUCUUCAACAAUCGCACUUUAACAAACCGUUCGUUGUUUAUUCAACGUUUUAAUCGAAACGUUUCAUUUAAAAACAACAAUUCGAUCCGAACGAAAUGGCAAAUUCCGUUGAAAAUGUCCUUUUAUCAACCGGAAAUAACAUGCCUAUUCUUGGUUUUGGUACAUGGCAGGCAAAAGAUGAUGAGUUAGAAUCCGCUUUAGAUGCAGCCUUAGAAGCCGGAUAUAGACACAUCGACACCGCUUACGUUUACGAAAACGAAAAAGUGAUCGGUAGAGUUCUCAAAAAAUGGUUAUCAAGUAAAAAAAUUAAAAGGGAGGAUCUUUUUAUUGUCACAAAAGUUCCCCCGAGCGGUAAUUACCCAGAUGGGGUCCGAAAAUACAUCAAAAAAUCAUUAGAAAAUUUACAAUUGGAUUAUUUGGAUUUGUAUCUCGUUCAUGUCCCGUUUCAAUUUCGUGACGUCGAAGGUGAUCUUCAUCCAAUGACUUCCGAUGGUCGUAUCGAUGCAGUUAUGGACACCGAUCAUAUUGCAAUUUGGAAGGCUAUGGAAGAACAAUUUAAAAAUGGUUUAACUAGAUCGAUCGGAAUUUCAAAUUUCAACGUCAAACAGAUACAAAGAAUCUUGGACAAUUCCGAAAUAAAACCAUCGAAUCUUCAAAUAGAAUUGCACGCUUACAUGCAACAAAAUGAAUUGGUCGAUUUUUGCAAGAAAAAUAAUAUUGUUGUUACAGCUUAUUCUCCGUUGGGAGCUCCUGGAUUGGGGAAAUUUUUAGCUCAAUUUGGUCAAACAAUUGAAAUUCCUGAUAUUUUGGGUAACCCGACGGUUACCGAUUUAGCUAAGAAACACAAUAAAACGAAUGCUCAAAUUUUAUUAAGAUAUACAAUUCAAAAAGGGAUCGUUGUUAUUCCAAAAAGUACCAAUCCAAAACGGAUUAAAGAAAAUUUCGAUGUAUUCGAUUUCCAAUUGGAUGAUGGUGAUAUGAAGAAGAUGAAAGCUUUAGAUAAAGGAACUGACGCGAGGAUUUUAAACUUUAGCGGAGCAUUUCCAGGAAUUGAUAGUCACCCAGAAUUUCCAUAUUAAUAUAUUAUUAAUGCACAAUACUACUUAAUUAUUGUUAUAUACACACACGCGCAUAUAUACUUAUUAUUACUAUAAACAGUUAAAAAAGUAGGAGAUUGUUGAAAAAAGUUGUUUAAGUAGAAAAUUUCGUUUCUACAUUGUUGAUUUAUUCUACAUCUUAUAACUUGAUCGAAACCGCAAUUUGUAUGUUCGAAGAAAUUAAAAAUCUAUUUAAAAUCAA